AUGGGCAGCCCGUUGAGACCCUUCGGAUUGCCAUCAGCUCCGGCUCGAGAACGGGAUCUCAUCAGCCACUGGGCAACGAACCUCGCACACAAGCUGAUCCCCAUCCGGAGCCCAGUUAACCCGUUCCUUACCGUCGUAUCGCCCAUGGCACUUGCGGGGAGUCGGGCGGCCCGGACGAAGUCCACCAGUACCGUCGCAUUGUUCCACGCGGUUUGCGCCAUCUCCGCGGCCCAUCAGGCGAAUCUCAGAGGCCGCCCCCAUGAAGACGGGCUGAUGCUCCACCACAAGCAACUGAGCUUUCAUCACCUCAUGCAGAACAUCAACUGCAAUGAACACGACGAACAGAUGGCUACCCUCGCUACUUUGUGCCUGUGGAUACUCAUCCACUUCGUCACCGGCACACCGGGGGCCUGGCGGGAAGUCGUCAAGGUGACCCGGAAUCUCCUCCAAGGGGCCAGCACGGAUACCUGGAGCCAGUCGAGUACUGCGGCCCUGACAUACCAGUCAUUUUCUUCUGCUUUCACUCUGAUUCAGGCUCAGUACCUCGGACGGCUCGAGUUUCCCGCCCCGCUGAAGAACGACCUACCAGGUGCAAAAUCAACUGGGAGCCAGAGCAUGCCGGCACAAUCUCUCGAGCUCGUUUCUUCUUUCAAUACAAAGCUACUCCAGACCCAUGUCUUGACGCCAGACGAGCUCGAUCAGCUCGAGAUUGAAUUUGUCCUAUCCACACCAGAGCCAUCGACGGAUUUCGACGUCGGGAAUGCCGACUCGGCAAUGGUACACCACCACCGCUCGCUGUUCUACUGCGCCUGCCUGCUCUACUUCAGGUGCAACUCUGGCCGGCGUGGUCCCGAAGAGGGGGUCCAGGAUCUCGUUGCCAGGUGCCUAGACCACAUGGAGCUGCUCGAGCUGCUGCAGAAGGACAGCAGUCCCAAGACGUGGGUAUACGCGGCGGUUGCCUUUGAGGCUACUACGCCGGAGCUUCGUGAAAGAGCGAGGUCUUUGUUCACCAGACGAAGUUCACUGGGUAUCGCUACAUGGGACACGCUGCUUCUCGCAGUUGAAGAGGUCUGGAGGCGCCGCGACGCCGCCCUUCCGGGAUCCGCACCGGAGCCCUGGACUCGCGUCCUCGCAAGCAUGCCAGAGUUCGACGUGGUAUUGUAUUGA